AUGUUUCGUGGCUAUUUGAAGCCUCCUCUGUGGAAGAUGAUUGCUGAACUUAGUUACAUAUAUAGACAUAUAUGUGCUAAGCAUAUCUCAAAGAAAUUGAUGAUUCAAUUUGAGAAACAAAUCGCGGUGCUUGUAUGCAAGAUGGAAAAAGUAUUUCCGCCUGGAUUUAUGAAUGUGAUGCAACAUUUGCUAGUGCACUUACCUUAUGAAGCAUUGGUAGGAGGACCAGUGCAGUUCCGAUGGAUGUAUAGUCAAGAAAGAGAAUUGAAAAAACUUAGAGCUACUGUGCGGAACAAAGCAAGGGUUGAGGGGUGUAUCGCAGAGGCCUUUGCAGCUAAAGAGAUCACAAUCUUCUCAAGUCAGUAUUUAUCACACUCUAACAACGUGAAUGCUCAGUCAACACGGUAUCAUACUGAAGAAGAAGGUCCUUCGACCGACCUUAGUGUUUUUCUAUGGAAGGGGAAAGGGGUCGGGGCUUCUACUGCACAUUAUGUUGACAUAAGAGAGCGUAAUUUCACCAUGCUCUACUUGUACACCAACAUGGAGGAACUUGAUCCAUACUUUGAAAUGUUUGAUUCCAUAUAUUUAGCUGGCCACAAACCUACACCAAAGGAACUGGAUAAUCUACGUAUGAAAGGGAUGAAUGGAGGUCCAUGUUUCGUUGAAUGGUUCCACGAGCAUUGUAAGAAACUGGACUCUCUAGUCUCGGAUGAUUUGCGACAGAUAUCACAUGGUCAGUUGAAAGCAAGAAAAUAUAGCCGCUAUGAUAUUAAUGGAUACCGUUUUCGAACAUCAAAAUUAGAAAAAAUCCGCCCGCAGGCAGCCACGACAAACAGUGGAGUAGUAGCAACUGCCACAAAUGCAGACGGAGGCACUCAUGACUAUUAUGGUGUUCUUCAAGACAUAACGGAGUACACUCUUGGUGGGGCCAAAGAGUUCAUGUUUGUGUUAUUUGAUUGUGAAUGGUUUGAUCCUCAACAAACUCGAGAGGAUGAAUUUGGAAUUGUGGAGGUAAAGCAUGAAUCACGGUUUAAAGGCAGCGAUUAUAGCAAUGUUGUGCUUGCACAUCAAGCGCAACAGGUGUACUAUCUAACAUAUCCUCAUGAAAACUUGAAGUCUUGUUGGGUUGUAUACAAAAUUAAUCCUGAAGUCCAUCCGUUACGAUAUGAUUAUUACAACACAAAUAACGAAGAUGAUGAUUCUGUUAAUAUUUAUCAAGAAGAAGGCGAUCAAAGAACCAGGUCCUUCUAG